AUGGCUUUUGACAAUAAUGCUCAUCACGAUUUUAAUGCUGGUGUUACAACAACCACAGCUACAUUUUCUGUCAUAAAAGUGGCAAAUGCAACAUCUGAAAGUGGUGCCAAUGUUGGUGCGGUCGUUAGUAUUGAUAAAUUAAUGGUUAAAUCGUGUCCACCGUCAACUAUCGUUACUGAUUAUCCAAAUGGCUUUAAUGCUGUACUCGUUGUUUUAUUAUCAUGUUUGCUAGCAUUAAUAUUUUUAUUAAUUCUUCUGUAUUAUUUGGGUAAACAUCGUCUUCGAUAUUUAGCUCGUGAAGAUGAAAAAAUUCUUCUACCUACAACAGUAAUAGAAAAAAAUCCAACACAAACAACUUCAAUUAUCAAUGAAAUUGAUCGUACGGUUAAAACAUCAUCUUAUCAUGAAAAUGCACCAUCACUUCUUAGUAAGCAUGAUUCGAAUCCAUUUAGGGAAAAUAGUUUUUCCAAUGUUCAAAUAACAAAUGGGCAAAUAUUAGAUGGUACUAAUAAUACACAAUAUGUAGGAGAAGAUUUAGAUACAAAUAAAGCAAGCGAAUUACAUUUAUUACAACAUGAACAUCAUUAA